AUGGCUUCUUCUUCCUCCUCGGAUGCCUCGAGACUAGCAAAUACUAUUAGGAAAGACUUAGCGGAUUUGCCUCUUGUGAAUCCUUCUGCCUCCAUUUACAAGGUCCCCAAGGAACUCCAAACGGGAAAUGAAAAGUACUUCACUCCGAAGACGGUAUCUAUUGGCCCUCUACACGUCGAAACACAAAGCUCCAUGCAUGUGAUCAAGACACGAUAUUUGAAUUCCUUCAUUUCCCGGCUCCCUCAAGGCGUGCUCUUGGAGGAUGUCAUCCGUGUGUUACAAGGCUUGGAGGAAAGUGCUCGGGGUUGUUACGCCGAGAAUAUAUCAUUAACUUGUGACGAGUUUAUAAGGCUCAUGUUAAUUGACGGAUGCUUCAUCCUUCAAUUACUAUGGAGGUAUGGAAACAAGAAAGAGGCGGAUCAAGGUGAUCCAAUAUUCCUCAAAGGCCGGGCAAAAUGGGCUAUGUUGUAUAACUUGCAACAAGAUCUAUUGUUACUAGAAAAUCAACUUCCUUUCUUCGUUCUUUUUUCCCUAUACGAAUUAAUCCUUGUUCAAGAAUGCAAUCCUCGUCAAGCGUUGGUUGAUUCUGUCAUCAACUUCUUUGACAGCAUUGCUCCGACUAAAAAGCUUCGCCCCGUCACCAACGUGGAGCCCAAACAUCUCCUCGACUUGGUGAUGUUCUCCUUGUUCCCUCGUCCAUCCCUUGAACCGGAUUCCUUGCAUGGAGUGAACAACCCUCCCGAGAGUCCCUUGAAUGUCGAAGCCUUACCAAAAAUAGGAAAAAGUCUAGAGAAUUCUGUUGACAUCGAUAGAGUCUUUCUAGAAACGUCGAACCAUCGAGAGAAUUCUGUGGAUGUCAGAAGUGCGUCAGAGCUAGAUCUAUCGGGAGUUAGAUUCACCAAGUGUAUUAAGGAAAACAGUUACCUGAAUGAUAUAACGUUUCGUGAUGGGGUGUUAUAUGUCCCAACCGUGGUCCUCCUUGACUCGACCGCUUCAUUGUUUUGGAAUCUGUUGGCAUUGGAGCAAUGCUCUGAUUCUAAGGAAUAUGGAUGUGUAUUCAUAUCCUAUAUUAGUUUCAUGGAUAACCUCAUAUGCGAUAACAAGGAUGUGGAGAUAUUCACGAGGAAUGACUUGUUGUUGUCGUGGGUAAAUGAUGCCAAGGAGUUUCUCUUGCUCUUUAACCAUUUGGCUUUGGCUGCCGACAUGGAUGGCAUAAACGAAUUCUCAGAAAUUUCUCGACAACUCGAAAGAUACUGCCGAAGCAACGUCCAUCCACUUCGAGCUUAUAUAGCGCGCAACUACUUCGAGGUGAGAUGGGAUUUGAUGAACACGGUGAUGCUCUUUAUUUUUACAGUAACGCAGACUAUUUUCGCCAUCCUUGACUAUAAUAGAAAAGGUAAAAAAUGA